AUGGGAUUUUCAGAGGAACCCAGAUUGUUAACUUUCAUCUUUGGGCUGUUCCUGUCCAUGUACCUGGUCACUGUGCUUGGGAACCUGUUCAUCAUCUUGGCCAUCAUCUCAGACUCCCACCUCCACAUGCCCAUGUACAUCUUCCUCUGCAACCUGUCCUUUUCUGACAUCUGUUUCACCUCCACCACUGUUCCAAAGAUGCUGGUGAACAUACAGACAAAGAGUAAGUUCAUAAGCUAUGCAGGCUGCAUCACCCAGAUGUACUUUUUUAUCCUCUUUGCAGACUUAGAAAACUUUCUCCUGACUGUGAUGGCAUAUGACCGGUUUGUGGCCAUCUGUGACCCCCUGCACUACAUGGUCAUUAUGAAACCCAGGCUAUAUGGACUGCUGGUUUUGGUGUCCUGGAUUCUGAGUGUUCUGCAAUCUUUGUUGUAUAGCUUAAUAGUGUUGCAGCUGUCAUUUUGUACAGAUGUGGAAAUCCCCCACUUCUUCUGUGAACUUAAUCAAGUGGUCCACCAUGCCUGUUCUAACACCUUUGUUAUUGACAUAGUGAUGUAUUUUAUAGUUGGGCUACUGGGUGGUGGCCCCCUGGCUGGAAUCCUUUACUCUUAUUCUAAGAUAGUUUCAUCCGUACAUAAAAUUUCAUCAUCUCAGGGUAAGUAUAAAGCAUUUUCCACCUGUGCCUCUCACCUCUCCGUUGUCUCCUUAUUUUAUGGUACAAGCCUAGGUGUGUACCUUAGCUCUACUGCUACACACAGCUCACGUGCAAAUUCAAUAGCCUCAGUGAUGUACACUGUGGUCACUCCCAUGCUGAACCCCUUCAUCUACAGUCUGAGGAAUAAAGACAUAAAGAGAGCUCUGAAAAGGUUUUUUGGUAGGAAACUAUAA